AUGUGUCCUGGAGCAGCAGAGGGGGGAGGGGGGGAGAGGCUGACAGAGAACCUGACAGAGAACCUGACAGAGAACCUGACAGAGAACCUGACAGAGAACCUGACCAAGAACCUGACCGAGAACCUGACAGAGAACUUGACAGAGAACCUGACAGAGAACCUGACCGAGAACCUGACCGAGAACCUGACCGAGAACCUGACAGAGAACCUGACCGAGAACCUGACAGAGAACCUGACAGAGAACCUGACAGAGAACCUGACCGAGAACCUGACCGAGAACCUGACCGAGAACCUGACAGAGAACCUGACAGAGAACCUGACCGAGAACCUGACAGAGAACCUGACAGAGAACCUGACAGAGAACCUGACAGAGAACCUGACAGAGAACCUGACAGAGAACCUGACAGAGAACCUGACAGAGAACCUGACCGAGAACCUACAGCUUUCAGAAAGAUCAGAUUUUGUGGGGAUUUUAGUGUCCCUUGAACUUUUUUAA